AUGUUAAUAUGGGCAAAAGCAUAUCUAGAUCUGGUGCUGGUUCCAUCAGGCCUUCUCUUCCUUGGAGUAUAUCAUCUCUACCUCUUGUAUAGAAUUCUCAAGUAUCCCCAUUCAACUGCCAUAGGAUUUGAAAAUGACAAGAAAAAGAUCUGGGUACAGAAGAUGAUGGAGGACAUUCCGAGAAACACAGAUAUAGCACUUCGAGUGAUAUCAAGAAACAUAUCAGCUGCCACAUAUCUGGCAGGUCUCUCCAUAACUCUGAGUUCACUGAUUGGCACCAUUGUGGGUAGCAGCACAACUAGCAGUCAAUCCAAAACACUGGUGAAUCGAAUAAUCUAUGGAGACAGAAGCACUUCAGUUGGCACUCCAGGUUCCAGUGUGCCUGCACAUUAUGUAGAGGAUGCUGUAAUCAGAGGGAGUAAUUUCUGGUCACUAGGGAUCAGAGCUUAUUACUUUGCAUUUCCUCUGCUGUUAUGGGUCUUUGGUCCCAUACCCAUGUUUAGUUGCUCCUUGGGAAUGGUCUGCUUCUUAUAUUUUCUUGAUUCAAAGGAUAAUCCCAUCCCACCAUUGGGGCUUAAGGAGAAGAAAACUGGGUUAGAUGCAGAGACUAAGCGUGGAAAGCAGAGAGGUCAGGUGAUCGAAUCUAGUUAUGGCCGCUCAACACUGGCCAGUUCAAUGGUGACCCAAAUGGAAUCUCCACAGUUACAGAUGGAAUAA